UCUCCUGCCUCUCUGCCUCAGCCAACCCGGGCUGUGCCGAGCUGCUCCCUGCGGGAUCAGAGCGCUCCCCCGCCGGGACCCUUCUCUCACAUCCCCCUGCUGGGACGCGGCUACAUUUCCAGCCAAGCACUGCCUGCCUUGGCUUUAUUAUGUGUGUCUGCGCCGCAGCCCCGCCAGCAGAGGCAGGCAGAGGAGGAGGAGGGAGACUGGUAGCCAGAGUCAGGACAAAGAAAAAGCAGGGAGACAGAGGCUAGCGAAGGGUUAGAUUGGUAGAAAUAUUAGGCUGCUAUUAAUACCGCCGGUGGGGCAUUGAGAAAUAUUAACAAAAAAAGAAAGCGUGGGUAGUAAAAGCAAGUAUUCCCCUCGGGGUGGAGAUGCAGGGGAAGAGCGCAAUGUCCAUGCAUUGCCACCAGACCACCACUGCCUAGUGUAGAAUAGCGGGACGGAACACUGGUCGGUUCGGGUCGGUGCCGCUCUCCUGGAGGGAAAAGAAAAACAAAAAACAGACUGAAAUAGUUUCGAUAAACUAAAUAAGCCCCGGCGAAGACGCGAGGAGCGCGCGCAGAGGGGGGAGAAGAGGAAGAAGAGGAAGAAGAGGAAGAAGAAGAAGCCACGUUUUCGUUUUGAAAGCAAUUUCCCAGAACAUUCUCGGUCGCCUCUCAUCACCUGGACCCUCGCGCACCGCCGUGGCACCUCCGCCUCGCGCGCUCGGACGGUGCCCGCUGUCACUUCUUCUCCUCCUCGACACCGCGCGGGACCUGCUCAGGUGUUUGCCGCGCGCGUGGCUGGCAGCUCGCGACCCCGGUCCGCCACUAACGCGCUGGCUGCAGGAGUCGGAGCGGCACGAGUGAAGCAAGCAAAAAAAAAAAAAAAAAGCGGAGAGAAGAGGAGAAGAGGAGAAGAGGAGAAGAACACCCCCCCCCAAACAUAAAAAACAAAAAAAGAAGAAACAAGAAAAGAAAAGAGAGCGAGGCGUCGCGACAACGGAGAGGAAGGGAAUACCAACCGGGAAGUUGUUGCCGUUUUAUUCUACAGGUUGCGCGACCGUUGGAGAAGAAUAACGCACCGGAGGAGCCGAGCGUCGCCUCCGAGCCCGCUUCACUCCCGGUGUGUUCGGGUUUGCUGUCGCCGGACUAACGGCCGCUUUCCCCCCCCCACUCAGAGACUGAAGCUGCCGCAUUGCAACAGGCGAAGAAGCAGCAGCGAAGUGGUGGUGGAGGAGGAGGACAGAUAAAACCCGACCGUGUCCGCCGCCUGUAUGGUUAGCUGAAAACACGGAACGGAACAAAAAAAACAAAAACAAUUAGAGAAAUAAAGAUUAAAGAAAAAACUAACACACACACACACAAACAACAACAACAACAGUUCGACAACCAGAGAUGUCCAGACGGAAACAGGCCAAACCGCGCUCCGUUAAAGCGGUAGAAGAAGGGGAGUCUUCAGAGUGUGGAGGGACCUGGGAUGAAUCAACUGUCCAGACAGAAGUCCCGGCGUCUGACAGAGAGGUAGAGCACAAAGACGGUCACGGGGCGGGUGCUGAGGAUGGAGAGCAUGAGGAGCACGAUGACCGCGAUGACCGAGAUCACGACGACGAUCUAGAUGACGAGUCCAUCUUCACCUGUGACAACUGUCAGCAGGACUUCGACUGUCUGGCUGAGCUCACUGAACACAGAACCAACCACUGCCCAGCAGAUGGCGAUGAUGACCCAGCAGGGCUGUCCUGGGUGCCUUCCUCGCCCUCCAGUAAAGAUGUGGCAUCGCCCUCACAGAUGCCCGAUGGCUGCUGUGACCUUGGCAUGGCCACCGGCGGCGAGGAGGAAGGAGGCGCUGGUCUGCCGUACCCCUGCCAGUUCUGUGACAAGUCCUUCAGCCGUCUGAGCUACCUGAAGCGCCAUGAGCAGAUCCACAGCGACAAGCUGCCUUUCAAGUGUACCUUCUGCAGCCGCCUGUUUAAACACAAGAGGAGCAGAGACCGCCACGUCAAACUCCACACAGGAGAUAAGAAGUAUAGUUGUCAGGAGUGUGAAGCUGCAUUCUCCCGCUCUGAUCACCUGAAGAUCCAUCUGAAAACACACAGCUCCAGCAAACCGUUUAAGUGCAGUGUGUGUAAGCGUGGCUUCUCCUCCACCUCUUCACUGCAGAGCCACAUGCAGGCUCACCGCAAGAACCGAGAGCACCUUGCACUGAGGAGUGAGAGGGAUGGGGGAAAGAAGGGAGUUGGAGGAGACGGUGACCUGGAGCAGGACCUGUAUAUGUGUGAUUACUGCGAGGAGACGUUCAGCCACACGGACGAGCUAGAGAAACAUGUCCUGACCAGACACCCGCAGCUGUCUGACCGAGCCGACUUGCAAUGCAUCCACUGUCCUGAGAUCUUUCUAGACGAGGCCUCUCUCCUCACGCAUAUUGAAACUCAGCAUGCCAACCGCAAGCACAAAUGUCCUGUGUGCUCAGAACAGUUCCCAUCAGUGGAGGAUGUCUACUGCCACCUAGACAGCCAUCGCCAGCCUGACUCCUCCAAUCACAGCGCCGCCAGUCCUGACCCUGCACUGGGCAGUGUGGCCUCAAUGAGCUCGGCUACUCCCGACUCUAGCGCCAGCCUGGAGAGAGGCUCCACGCCGGACUCUACUCUAAAGCCCAGUCAGGUCAUCGAACGAGGCCGCAGAAGAGGCACAGACACUGUGGAAGAGAUUGCGAUCAGCCUCGGUCAUCAAGGCGGAGUUGGUGGAGGGAACUGGGGCAAAUUGACGUACUCUUGCCCUUACUGCUCGAAGAGAGACUUUCACAGCCUGGCGGUGUUGGAGAUCCACUUAAAGACCAUCCAUGCGGAUAAGCCGCAGCAGAACCAUACAUGUCAUCUCUGCCUGGACACUCUGCCAACGCUCUACAACCUCAACGAACAUGUGCGCAAAGCUCACCGUGGCAGUGGAGGAACCCUAGGCGCAGCAGCAGCUUUUCCCCUGCUGCAGUUCACUAAUGUUACAGCCUUCCACUGUAACUACUGCCCAGAAAUGUUUGGAGACAUCAACUCUCUGCAGGAACACAUCAGAGUGUCACACUGCCUGCCUGGCGGGAUUGUGGCGGGGUCCACCACAUUAGAAGGGAACCAUGCCUUCUUCUGCAACCAGUGCUCCAUGGGAUUCUUGACGGAGUCUUCGCUGACAGAACACAUUCAGCAGACGCACUGCACCUCCGUCGGAGGGGGCUCGGCUGCGUCUGGAGGAGGGGUGGCCAAACUGGAGUCUCCUGUACUACAGGCUGCAUCUCAGUCCUUCAUGGAGGUUUACUCCUGCCCUUACUGCACCAAUUCUCCUAUCUUCGGCUCACUCCUCAAGCUCACCAAGCACAUAAAGGAGAACCACAAGAACAUCCCGUUGGCUAACAACAAACGGCAGGCAAAGGUUGCCGACCUAAGCCCCGCCUCCUCCGAUGUAGAGAUCUCCUCCCCAAAACGCCACAGACUGGGAGGGGACUCCACCCCUUCCAUGGGGAGCAAUGGGGACUACCCGUGCAACCAAUGUGACCUGCGAUUCGCCAGCUUUGAGGGUUUUCAGACCCACCUAAAGUCACACCUGGAGAUGCUGCUGAGGCGCCAGUCCUGCCCCCAGUGCAACAAGGAGGACUUUGAAUCCCAGGAGGCAUUGCUUCAACACCUGACGGUGCACUACACCACCACGUCCACCCAGUAUGUGUGUGAGAGCUGCGAUAAGCAGUUCUCCUCGGUAGAUGACCUGCAGAAACACCUGCUGGACAUGCACACGUUUGUCCUGUACCACUGCACUCUCUGCCAGGAGGUCUUUGACUCCAAGGUCUCCAUACAGGUGCAUUUGGCGGUGAAGCAUAGCAAUGAGAAGAAGCUGUUUCGCUGCACAGCCUGUGCCUGGGACUUCAGGAAGGAGACGGAUCUUCAGCUCCAUGUUAAGCAUAACCACCUGGGCCAGAGGUCAGGCCUCCCAGGAGGGCUCGGAGCAGGACUUAAGCCCCGGAAGUGCAUCUUCUGUGGAGAGACGUUUGGAACAGAGGUGGAGCUCCAGUGCCACAUCACCACGCACAGCAAGAAGUUCACAUGUCGCUUCUGCGGCAAAGCUUUCCACGCCAUCUCACUGCUGGAGAGACACCUGAGGGAGAAGCACUGCGUGUUCGAUGGCGGCAACAUCACUGGCAACGGAGGGGGUACAGGGAGCAGCGGGAGUCAGAACGGGACGCCCAAUGGGCUCGCGCAGUCCUCCAAGCGAGGAGGAGGAGGAAGUGGUGGCAACGGAGGUGCAGGAGUCGUCGAAAGAGCAACUGUGGCGGCUGCUGAACAGGCCGACCUGCAGAACAUGUUGCUGAAGAGCGGGGGAGGAGCCGGCCAGGGAGGAGACACUGCCAACAGCCAUGAGGCUAGCGGGGGUGAGGAGGAGCUGGACAACUCGGAACCCAUGUAUGCCUGUGAUAUCUGCGGAGCGGCCUACACCAUGGAGUCGCUUCUGCAGAACCACCGGCUGCGUGACCACAACAUCCGACCGGGAGAAGACGACGCCUGUUCUCGAAAGAAGAAGGCAGAUUUCAUCAAGGGGAACCACAAGUGCAAUGUGUGCUCCAGAACAUUCUUCUCUGAGAGCGGGCUUCGUGAGCACGCUCAGACGCAUCGUGGCCCUGCCAAACACUACAUGUGUCCCAUAUGUGGCGAGCGUUUCCCCUCUCUGCUAACCCUCACUGAACACAAGGUGACCCACAGUAAGAGCCUGGACACAGGAACUUGUCGAAUCUGUAAGAUGCCCCUUCAGAGCGAGGAGGAGUUUAUAGAGCAUUGCCAGAUGCACCCUGACCUCCGCAACUCCCUCACCGGCUUCCGCUGCGUCGUCUGCAUGCAGACCGUCACCUCCACCCUGGAGCUGAAGAUCCACGGCACCUUCCACAUGCAGAAGCUUUCCACCGGUUCUGGACUUGGAGGAGCUGUAGCGGGAGGCGGGAAUGGAGUAGGAGGAGGAGGAGGGAACGGCUCAGCCUCUUCAUCCCCUAACGGGCAGCUGCAGCAGCAUAAGCUGUAUAAAUGCGCCUUCUGCCUAAAGGAGUUCAAGAACAAAGGGGAGCUGGUGAAGCUGGAUGUCAACGGCCUGCCUUAUGGGCUCUGUGCUGGCUGCAUGAACAGGGGCACGAAUGGCCAGAGCCCCAACCAGGGAGGAGCUGCCACGCCCGGGGACACGCAGGGAGAGAAGGCCAUGGCCGGGCUGAGGUGUCCAGAGUGCGGGGUGAAGUUUGAAAGCCUGGAGGACUUGGAGAGUCACGUCCAGACAGAUCACCCCGAGGUCAGCCCUGAAACCAGUGCAGCAGGAAAGAAAGCAGAGGCCUCACCUGCACCUAAGAAAAAGACCUACCAGUGUAUUAAAUGCCAAAUGACCUUCGAGACAGAAAGGGAGAUCCAGAUUCAUGUCGCCAAUCACAUGAUCGAAGAGCCCACCUGUCGGAAAGAGGAGGGCAUCAAUCACGAGUGCAAGCUGUGUAACCAGAUGUUUGAUUCACCUGCCAAGCUGCUUUGCCACCUGAUAGAGCACAGCUUUGAAGGCAUGGGAGGUACCUUCAAGUGUCCCGUCUGCUUCACAGUGUUUGUGCAGGCCAACAAGCUCCAGCAGCACAUUUUUGCCGUCCACGGCCAAGAAGACAAGAUCUACGACUGUUCCCAGUGUCCGCAGAAGUUCUUCUUUCAGACAGAACUACAGAACCACACACUGAGUCAGCACGCGCAGUGAGACCGAGGCCCGGCAGGAUCUCUCGGCUCAGCCGGGGCCCCCGACCCGGAGCCGGCAGGGGACUCCCAUCUCCACAUCACAGCCAAUCAAAGUGUCAUUUGCUACUCACAUGUAAAACUCUAACGAUCGCGCCACUGGGCGCGGCUAUUAGGAGCAGCGGGGGAAAGGAAUAUUAAUGGGAUAUGCUAUUAAAUAAAGAAAGGAAAAAGUGGGUGAGAGAAACGGUAAGAGCUAGAUGAAGGAAAGAGAGAAGUGAAAAAAGGUAUUGUACGUGCAGUAUUUUUUAUUGUCCCUGCCGACCCCCCCACCCCCCACCAGCUUCUUCCCCUCCCUUUCUCCUUCCCUCUCCUCCCACCCAUUGCUCCCCAGGUCAGGCAUUUUAUUUUUUUUAACAAAUAGAAAAGAAAAAAAAGCAAGAAAACACCCUUUGUUUUGGGAUUUUUUUAAUAGAUUGUAGGAAAAAGCUUCACUUUCUCGUCCCCUCAGUUGCUUAUUGUAUUGAACUUCAUAGGUGCCAAUUUCUUUGAUUUUUCUUUCUGCCAUAUGCGCUUAUUUUUUUCGUUUUAAUUUUUGUACCUUUCAUUUCUCGCCGUAGGUACUCGUGCUGUGUUGUGGUUGUUUGUUUGCCAGUCGUAAUAUUCCUGAGUUUUUUCCCCCAACUCUCCUUUUUAUGAUUAUUGUUAUAUAUUUUUUUCCUUUUUGUAAUUACUAUUAAAAAAAGACAUCAAACAAAAUAAAGUGCAGAAAACCAUACAGAUGUUUCUUUUGUUUUGGAUUGGGUUUUCCAGUCUCUAUGGGGCCUAUAAUGGUUAUUGUAAAAAUGAAUAUCAUCGAUUUCAGUGCGUCUGGUCAAUGACUGCUUUUUAAAUGUGAAUUAACCAGAUUGCAAUAAUCUAGUACAGACAAAAAAGAUAAAACAAAUAAAUAAAUGACAAAUAAAGAA